UCCUCUGUUCAGUGCAUACCGUUAAAUUGGUGUGCAGCUUGUCACCAGUCCCGGAGCCGGAGAAUUCACCGCUUUACAAAAUGCUACCGUUUUCACGCCUGAGUAACCGCAGACAGCAGCGUCGGAUAGUAUUAUUUCACCUUUUGUGCAGUAUUACAGGUGUAUGGAGUAGUCAGGUAGUCGUGCCUCAGCGGGUGAGUGCUGUACUGGGGAAGAAUGUGACACUAGAGUGCAAGGUGGAGGUGGGCACAAACCUCACUCUUACUCAGAGUUCGUGGGAGCGUCGUCUGCCUUCAGGCUCUGUCACAGUAGCCGUCUACAACCCCAGGUUUGGCAUCUCAAUCCCUCCAGAGUUUGGCCAUCGCUUGUAUUUUCGCUCACCCUCCUCCCAUGAUGCAACCAUCAUACUUGAAAACGUGGGCUUUGCUGAUGUCGGGGUCUAUACCUGUAAGGUUGCUACAUUUCCUCUGGGAAACACUCAGGCAUCCACUACUGUCAGUGUACUCGUGGAGCCCAAGAUCUACGUGUCCGCAGGUUCAACUCCCCUGAUUGAUGGAGGGAAUGAAACUGUGGUGGCCACAUGCAUUGCCGAGCGGGCCCGUCCUCCUGCGGAGGUGUCCUGGGAGUCCAACCUUUUUGGCCAGUCAGAAGUUCAGCUAUUCGAUGAAGCCAAUGGCACCACCAGUACUCAAGUGCGUUACCUCUGGCAGCCGACGCGCCAUGUCCAGGGACACACGCUUACCUGUGUCGUCCGUCACCCAGCUCUGCAGAAUGACUUCAGGAUCCCCUACCAGCUCAAUGUGCAGUUUGCUCCUGAUAUAUCAGUUGUUGGGUAUGAUGGAGACUGGUACAUUGGACGAGAAAAUGUUCAAAUGACUUGUAAAGCCAAUGCAAAUCCACCAGCUCAUCACUUCAGAUGGAUCAGAUUAGACAGUGAAAUGCCAGAAGGGGUGGAAAUAAUGAACAGCACUUUGCUCUUCCUGCGUCCCCUCCAGCGGAAUGACUCUGGAGUUUACAGGUGUGAGGUUGCCAAUGACAUCAACCUCCGCAGUCGGGAUGUGCGCAUUCUCAUACAAGAUCCUCCCGCCAUGCCCUCCACCAUUACUGCUCCUGUCCUAACUGGCUCUGCCUCCUCCACAUUAGUGGAUGAAAAGGGCCAUGUCCUUCUCAGCUCCCCUACACUUCAAGCCAUUCCUGCAAGUAAUGUUGGUUCCAUAGUGGGUGGGGCUGUAGGGGGGGCCUUGUUCCUGCUACUGGUGCUGUCUCUGGUUGGCGUGUGUUACCUCCGGAAACAGCAGACCUUCCACGGAAACUACUACACCAAGCAGUACCUGGGCCCUAACGACCUUCAGAAGGCUCCCACUCAGCAUGAGCUCCACCCAACCAAAGCUGGCAGCAGCUCCUACCAUCAGGACCAUGAUCGGGAGGAGUGGGGGGCCCGUGAGCAUAAACAUGAGCGUGACCGCCGUCACCAUAGCAACUAUAAUGGAGAGGACUACCCAUCUAAUGGCUACACCAGGGCAAUGAGGGAGAGUAAUCAGCAUCAGCAGAAUCAGCAUCACGAGCACCUUCAAUAUUCUAGCUCACGACAGGCCAGAUGUGGCCGGUACCCUAAUUCAGGGAAGCCGAAGGAAAACAGCUCCCCCUACAUGUCAGAUGACUGUUACGAUAGCGGACCUGACGGUGACUACGUCGCUCACACAGAUGGCUCAGUCAUCUCUCGUAGGGAGUGGUACGUUUGACAAGCUUCAGUACCCAGUCCUGCUGGAGCAGAGAUACAACAGAAAUCAGAGGAUUUCAUGUAGUAAAUCUGGAACAAACACAUUAUUUCUUUUCUGUAUGUGCACACUUUGACUAAUCUCAUGUCUGUAGUUUCCUCCCUGUUGUUCAAGUGUCCUGGUUGACAUUUGACAUAUUUUUUUCAUAAUGUGGACAGACUGAACUGCGUAGCCACUUUAAAAGUCAACUUUUACAUGUCUACAAAAGUGGACAUGCCACUAGUUUGUGUGUAGAGGCAUGAUGUAUGUGCUGUCUCUGCCUUAUUUCAUACUCAAGAGGACUGCCAAUUUAUUUAACAUUAAUGUCUUUGAACUGAGUGGAAGCCCUAUGGGCUUUGAAAUCACAUGUGGUUAUUAUAGAAGAAAAUUUAUUUAUGCGAUUCAGCCAUAUCAGACUAUUUGGCACUUGCUCAUUUGCAUUUGUUGAUAUUGUUUACACUAAUUUUUUUUUAAAGACCCUUGGUCUUUGAUUUGGUUUGAGAAUAUUUAUCACCAUCCAACAGUGGAACAAAACCCUAAAAAUCAAGAAAUCUGGAUUUUCACAUCCUCCUCCCAAUACUCAGUGGGAUACUUCAGAGGCAUAUUUGUUAAUUUAAAAAAGGGUUUGUAGUGCUGAGCAGUCAGAACUCCACCUGAUAAUGGGCAUAAAAUGCAUGUCUUACCUUGUGCUACCUUUUAUACAACCACAUCAUUAGACCAUUGGUUGGACUAAAUGUGUAACCUUCAUUAAAAUUAACAUAAAAUUGCAAGUUUGCAGAUGAGAUCAGUGAUGCCCUUUAGAAAGUAUGGCCCAGAGUGGAAACUUGAACAUUUCUACUGUAUGUCCUUGACAUUAGCAUGUCUUGUUCCCACAGAGGGAGGGAGUUAGAGAGGGUGAGCAGGAACCCUGCAUGAAUGAGGCAUUGCCUACUGUAACCAACCAACUGGGUCUGUUAUACACUCAAACCUCAAUAAACAAAUUUACUGUACCAUUCAGAGCAAGUCUAAAUAAUCUGAAAUGCCAUUACAUGCAUUUAACCUUUUAGAUGUUUGUUCUUUAUUAUUAUUGUCAGUUGUCAUCUUCAGUUCAGUCACAUUUACACUGUUCUGUAUCCUAUCGGAUGAUAAUGGAUGUGUCUGAGAAUUUGCACUCUUGUACUGAACCACGGCUCUUGGAAGUUGAAGAGGGCCAUCAGCAGGGGCAUUGUUCAAAGCAGGCUAUAGUAUGGCAGCUACCAUAUGCUGGCCUCUUUGUCAAAAGUAUUUAAUUACACAAAGAAAGCAUUGAAGAGUCAUCAUGUCCUACCAGAAAUAAUUGCCUCUCUUCUGUCAUUGCUAAAAUAUGUAGAAUCUUCAUGAAAAACUGCAUUUUAUGUUUACUUCUAAUAAUGCCACACAAAAUCUACUGGACGUAGACAGAUCAGGAUUUUUUAUGCACAUUAUUGUACUUACUUGCCAGAAAGGACACAGUAAUUGUGUUGCACUGAUCAGGUUUAUAAUUUCAAUAGCUGCAAAAUAAUUUACUCAGUCGACUUUUUGUUUUCUGAAGAUGAUUUCAGGCUACACAACUAUAGUCAUUUGUUGCCAGACACUUUAGGCGGUAGAAACACACCAAGUACUGUGAUCACACUGAAGAUGAAGUGCUUUACAAGUCGACUUCUUUCAACCACCUAGUCAAGGCAGUUUACCAGUUAAACGGAAAUAAAUCUGCUAGAUAUCAAGAUAAUCCUCCUUUUUUAUGAGAGUAGAUACUCACAAAUAAAAUCAUAAGUAUGUUGGCACUUGCACCUAUUUACCAGAUUCUAAGGAGGAGAUCUGACAGUUUAUUUCAUGUACUCUAGUGUUUGUGAAUACAUGCCAACAUUAGUACUAUGGUCACAUAUACAGUAUUAGCUGAAAGAUGCCAAAUAUUUGUUUAGCUUGUAUGUAGAAAUAUUAAGAUGACGGUGUCUCACAUAGGUAUUACUGACUAGGUAACAACUGAAAACUAGCUUAUCUUAAUGCGUAUCACUGUUGUAUACAGGGUUUUGUAACCUCAAAUAGAAAUGAAAAGAUGCUUUAGGCCAGUUUAGUAUCAAAGUCGUCAAAAAAGGGUUUCAUUGUUAUUAAGUCUUGCUAAUUUUUUUCUUUUUGGGUUUUGAAAUUGAUAAGCUGCAGUUCUCAUGGUGAGAUCUGACUAUGUGCCACCGUAACUUGCGUUUGUAUAAUAUACAGAAUACUGUCGUUCAGAAGAACUUAUUUAUCUUCGCAGACAAAGGCUUUCUCGAUCAGUUACUACUCGUAGCGGACAGUUUGGAUAUAUUGCAAGAAUUAAUUUGUUACUUACCACUGUUUUUGGUGCUUACAGCUUUGAAAAACUACAUCUGAAACCUCUGAAAUGUGUGUUUUUAAAGCUGGGUGUUAUCAGUGUCGGUUAUCGACCCAUGCUGAUUAGACCUGAAGGUAACCGUAACAUCACUACAAGUUGCACCUGUCAAACAAGCAUAACAGAACAUCCAACAGUGAGGGAGCUGCCAAUGUCACGGCCUCAAAUAAAGGUGUAAUAAAUAACCGUGGGUGCUUUUCUGUAGCACUUGUGGUAUUCAUGAGUUUAGAAGAAGAGUAAACCUGAGUUUCAUAUCUAACUCUGACUGGUGCAAAGAAAUAUGUGGUGUCACGUUUUUUGUUCAGUUAGUCCUGCCAACAUUCAACAAGUGAGAUGGAAACAAAAAUAAGUUGCAUAAACACAUCAGUUUAUCUUUGGCAGAAAAUAUUGUCUUCAUUAAGAUACACAGAGCGCACUCAGGAGUUGUGUAUGCAUUACUGGUUAAAUUUUCCAGUUAAAACCUGUUUACAUUGUGGGCCGUGGAUUAUCCAACAUAACUUACACAGAUAUCUGUCAACCUGGACAUAAAAGUCUAAGCUCUGUGUGCCUACAGGUGAAAAGGGAAAAUGUUUCUUCAUCAUGUAUCAGCAGAUUAAAGUCACUCUGAGUGGUAGGUUAUUUCUGAUCUAUGAAGCCUAAAAAUAAGGUUUUAAGUGUUAAUUAAUUCUGCUUUUCUGAUCACUUUCACACAGAUGCAGAGAGUAACAGAAAGUAGCCGUCAAACCUAAUCCCUUUUUUUGCUUCUAUGCACUAAGACGGAAAUUCCACUAAUCAAUGUACUAUUUUUGCUUGACUUAUCAGUUUGCAGUCCUUCACCUGGAUUAAUGAAGUUCAUUUGUGCUGUGACAUUUGUAUAGAGAUCAGUCAUCGAUAUCUUUACCUUGAGAAACAUCCUUCACUUUGGGUUGAGAAAUACAACUAGUGCCUUAGAUACAUAGAAGAAUAUAGGAUUUCUUUUGUUCAUUAGUUUAGGUUUUUAUUUGUUUUCACCUGUUUUGUUGCUCUGUGAGAUUUGUUUGUUGCCUUUUUUUUAUGAUUUUGACUUCACUGCAUUACUGUGUACGGACUCUGUAGUGCCAUAUCUGCCCGUGAUGGUCAGUGACAAUAUAUUUGCAAAUCUACAGGCAUUUACACGAAAAAAGACAAAGCUUGAAUAAAAUUUUGAUGUAGUAUGAGUUAGAUCUUCACAGGUAUUACUGCCAGAUUGUAGACUGUCAGGGUUUUUUUUUUGUUUUCUGUAGAAUCACUGUUUAAAAGAAUUGACUCACAUUGUCUUGAAAAAGCACCUUAUGUUUGUUUUUGUGCAGUAUAUACAGAUGAAGUGUAAGUUUCUGAAAGGAAAAAAAAAAAAAAAUUAAUGUCAGUGACAACAGUGGAGCGUUAUUUUGUCAAUCCUUUUUGAGAUACUUUAGUUCAAUAAAGCACCUUAGCACCUGUGA